AUGGGCGAAAUCGAAAUUCCUGACGAAAACGUUCAUAUAUUCAUAACAAAUAAGCAUUUUAUAUGUUUCCUUCAAGUUCUCAAUUUGAUCUACACUUACAAUGUGAUUAAAUCAAAUUUCUAUGAGAGAGGAUUCAUUUUGACAAGUGUUGGUUCAAUUAUUCUGGUUUUAACGGUGCUUGGAGCACUCAAAUCGAUACUGAUAUCGAUGGAUAAGACGUCUGGAAUUAACAAACUCCAAAAAUGUUCAAGAGAUUUAUUGAUUGGUUUCGGAGGAAUCGCUUUGUGUGGGGUGAUACCACAAUUAUGUGUUUGGUGGUUGAGGGAGAGUACGACCAUGCAAAUCCUUCAUGUCGUCUGCAACCUUACCCCAAUCCUCUUCCUUCUCCUAUUCAUCCGUCAACACUACACCAUCUACUGUGUCAAAUCACAUAACAAAAAUUCUGAAGAUUUCGGUUUCUCCAAAGUCCGGUUCGCAAUAGUUCUCAUCCAUCUAUUCACUCUAGUUUUAUUUUGCUCCUUUGCUAAGAAAGUUGUCGGUGAAAAAGAUUCAAGUGCAGUGGUGGGACUCCUUAUCAAGAACACAUUGGUAUUUGCGCCAGCAAGUGCUGAGCUGUUUGCAAUUUUACUAGAAGGGAUUUAUUUCAAGACAGAAGUCAAAAAACCUGUUGCAGUGAAGAAAAACACACCCUCUUCACGGCCCUCUAACCCAAGACCACGCCCCUCUCAAUCAACUUCGUACUACAGUAAAUGGGGCGUGUACCACGCAGCACCCAUCCAACAGGAUCUACACCUCACCGGCUCCACGUGUCAAAUUUGCUCCUCCGGCUUCAGUGCUACAGUAAUCCCCAGAAUACUCGUCGGUUGUGGGCAUACAGUAUGCCAGGCGUGUAUACAGAAGCUGCCGAGAGAAGGAUUCCAAUGUGUACUCUGUCCGUUUUGUAGGAAAUCGACAAAGUUGCCGGACGGUCUUCCCAGCACACUCCCCAAAAACUAUGCGGUGCUUGAUAUGAUUCAGGAGAUUGGAAUUACGCUCUACCUGACCCAAGUCAUCUGCACCUUGUCCCCAAUCGUUCUCUUCUUCCUCUUCCUCAUCCCCCAUUUCUCCACUUACCACGUCAAAAACCAAUCCCCCGAAGCGUGCUCCCACACUCGUCUCCUCGUCGUCUCCAUUCACUUUGCCUACUUAAUUGGUGCCUCAAUUAUCGCCGAUCAAUUUGCUCGCGAGGAAGGCCAAAAGUAUAAUUAUAUUGUGGGAAUCUCAUUGAUGUAUACGUUGGCUUGUGGAUUUGCAACAGCAGAAUUUUUCGCGAUUUGGAAGGAUGGGAUUAUUGAGGAAGGUUCACACGAAGAACAUUUGCCAUGCAAUCCCUAA